GUUAACGCCCUCUAUGUUAUAGUUGGAACGUGAAUUUUCUUGUCGUGUGAUAACCAAACGAAAUUCUACUAGUUUUCAGCAAAAAGUCACCUUUUUCAUCAUGAACAUGUUCGCGAAACUUCUAUAUUAUGAUACAGCUCGACAAAUAAACACAUUUGUGUGGAGAUCAUGCAGUAAUUGCAAGAUGCACUCUUGCACCGCGCCCAUCAAUAAUUCCGCAGCUUUUGAACGGAACGGCGAGAGACUGUCACGCCCGGAGAUUCGGCGUCAUCUUGGAACCGUAUCCCGCUUGGGAAAGAGGUUUUCAUCCACGUCUUUGUACACUCCGUCAUCCGAAGGAGAACAUGUCCCAUUUGUAUUGAAACCUGAAUUAGACUUUAACACUAUAAUGCUAGAGGAAGAGAAGUUCAAGAAAAGCGUUGAUGCAAGGGAAAUGAAGGGAAUCAAUAUUUCAGAGAUGAUCUCUAUUUGGAACGAGGUAUGUAAUCUCGAGGAGCAGAAGAAUGAGAAGGAAAGAAAGAGAAAAGCCCUCAACACAAGAGCUAAACAACUCAGUAAACAGAAAGGAGAAGCUGGGACCAAAGAGAAAAUCCAACAUGAAGGCAGGAAAAUUAGAGAGGAGUUGAAAAGAGUAAAUAGCACUUUGAAUGACUUGAUGAAUAGGUUAUAUCCUCUGGCCUUGGCUUUACCAAAUCACCUACACAAUGCUGUGCCCAUUGGGGAAGAGAACAUUGAGAAAGAAAGCUUUGGAGGUAAACUCACAUCACCAGCAUCUCAAGAAGAACAUCCUUGUCUCUCAGUUCACAACCCAAUGGUCCACCCUGGCUAUCGGUACACCGAAGGAGACUUAGUGCUCAAGGAAUAUGAUCUCAUUUCAUCUGUUUCAUCUCAUCUGACAUCCAAUGGCUUUACCAGGUUCUCAAUGCCUGAUAUGUAUAAACCAAUUGCACUGGAAGCAUUAGGCCUGAAUCCUGAAACCUCCGAUAAAACAUAUGUCAUUCAGACGAGUGAGAAUAUCAUGCACUUAGCUGGGACAUCACCAAUGGGAUUUCUAGCUUACUACAUGAUGUCAGUAUUAGAAUCCAGUGACCUCCCUCAAAGGUCUUUUGCAGUUGGGAGACAUUACAAUGCAUCUAAAGAAUCUUCAAACUUUGAGGGUCUUCAUAACCAAUUUCAGGAUUCCAGGGUUGAGAUCUUUGGAGUCAGUGAAGGGACAGAGGAUGCAAGCAAUGCUCUCUUAUUUCAGUAUCUCGACACGCUGGUUGACCUCAUCUUGACCUUUGACAUUCCAUUCAGGAUUGUUGAGGUAUCCAGUAGAAAUCUUCUACCUUGUAUGCAUAGAAUGAUGUCUGUUGAACUUUGGCUGCCAAGUGAGGAGAAUUACGUAGAGGUAGCUAACGUGUGUAACUGCACAGAUUUCAUCAGCCGUCGUCUGAAGAUACGCUAUCCCACCAAUCCUAGAGAGAGCGCUGUUCAGAGCAGAAAACGCAGCUUUGUACACACAAUUCACGGGGCAGCUUUGAAAUCAUCGGUCCUCCUGUCAGCCAUGUUGGAUCAUGGAGCAUUGGAUGUGAAAGAAGCAAGGUCAUGACACAAAUCUUAACUGAUCUGAAGCUACCACCCUCUGAUAAAAAAAUAUAACAAAAUUCUUGCUUUGAGUGUAAGGUCAAGUCUUGUUCACACAUGUUGGAUCAUGGAGCAUGGAUGUGAAAGAAGCAAGAUCAUGAUUAAUAGUUACUCGAAUCAGAAGAAACGCCUACCCUCUGAUAAAAAUCAAGAAAUUCUUCCUUUCAGUGUAAUGUUAGCCUGGUUCAUACAUGGAUAUGACAAUGCUCUUCAACAUUUUGUCUAAAAAGUCAGGAGAUACAGAUGUAUAAGCCAUAAAAAACAAUUCUUCUGGCUGGGAAACAAAUAGGCAUACAAUAGAAUUUGUCAAAAGUUUCGCAAGCCAGUCGCCGACCAGUCGGGUCGUAAGGUGUGCGGUGGCCUUUACAGAUCUCAUUAUGACCACACAAACAUGGGUCAUGCCAUCAUGAAAGCAUUAUGUCAUAUGUUCGUCUCCGCAACAGUAAUCAAUUUAGGGACUAUUCAAAAGCCAAGGCAAUGUCUGAAUCAUGACUGAACACUAUUGCCGACAUUGGACUGACUUCCUGUAGCCAUAAUUGAAUUUUGGCAAAUAAUAUACAUUCCAUUCAGAUUCUUGUUGAAAAUUAGAAUAUUGAGCUUCGAAGGUCUAAUUUCAACUUUAGGUUUCAAUGAAAAUGGAAAUGAUAGCAAACAAAUACGUGUUUCAGUUGUAAAUUU